GGCGUAGGCGGCUGGCGCGAGCGGAGGAGCUCACUGGUACCCGAGGUUCCACUUCUCCCGUCCCCCCACCUCCCCUCGCACCUCUUCUUCGGCGGGAGCCCUCGCGACGCGCCCGGCCCGGAGCCCUCAGCGGAGCGGCCGCGUUUGAAGGAUGACCUCUAGGAAGAAAGUGUUGCUGAAGGUUAUCAUCUUGGGGGAUUCUGGAGUUGGCAAGACAUCACUCAUGAACCAGUAUGUGAACAAGAAGUUCAGUAACCAGUAUAAAGCUACCAUAGGAGCAGACUUUCUGACGAAGGAGGUGAUGGUGGAUGACAGACUAGUUACAAUGCAGAUCUGGGACACAGCAGGACAGGAGCGGUUCCAGUCUCUUGGGGUGGCCUUCUACAGAGGCGCAGACUGCUGCGUCCUGGUAUUUGAUGUGACUGCCCCCAACACUUUCAAGACCCUUGAUAGCUGGAGAGAUGAGUUUCUCAUCCAGGCCAGUCCCCGCGAUCCUGAAAACUUCCCCUUCGUAGUGCUGGGAAACAAGAUUGACCUGGAGAACAGACAAGUGGCCACAAAGCGGGCUCAGGCCUGGUGCUACAGCAAAAACAACAUUCCUUACUUUGAAACCAGUGCCAAGGAAGCCAUCAAUGUGGAGCAGGCGUUCCAGACGAUUGCAAGGAACGCACUUAAGCAGGAAACAGAGGUAGAGCUGUACAAUGAAUUUCCUGAACCCAUCAAACUGGACAAGAAUGACCGGGCUAAGGCCUCCGCUGAAAGCUGCAGUUGCUGAAGGGGCAGCGAGAGCAGAGCAGAGUCCUUCACGAACCAAGAACACACUUAGGCCUUCCAACACAAGCCCCGUCCUCCUCCAAACAAAACAGAGUGAUCUCUCAUACCCCGCUGCCAAAAGAAACACCACCAGACACACACACACACACACACACACACACACACACACACACACCAGAUACAAGCAGACAGACUCCUGUCCUGGCCUAGGAGGUCUGUCCACCCACACAUCAGCCCUGGGAUGGCAGCCUGACAGACCGCUGUAGAAAUCGUUCUGGUGUAGAGUCAGCAUCAGAGACGUGAUACUUUUUUGUCCAGUGGAGAGAGAAAACUGUUUACAGUCAAUUUGUGUCUAAUUAGUUCUUUCGAUUUUUUUCUUUCUUGCUUUUUUUUUUUUUUUUUUAAUUUUAAUGGUCUUGUGCCCUUUCUACCCCCCAACCCCUCCCUCCUAUGAAAGCUCCCACUGGGAAGGCUGGUGCCCCAUGCUUCAUUACAGGCUCACACCCAGCCUGAUCAGGCUGAGUUUUGUAUGUAUCUGUUAAUGCUUGUUACUUUUAACUAAUCAGAUCUUUUUACAGUACCCAUUUAUUAUGUAAUGCUUCUUAGGAAAAAAAAAAGUCUUAUAGUACAUGUUAAUAUAUGCAACCAAUUAAAAAUGUAUAAAUUAGUGUAAGAAAUUCGUGGAUUAUGUGUUUAAGUCCUGUCAUGCAGGCGUCUAAGAUGGAGGGUGGAACCCUGUCUGGAUUGAAGAGUUAGUGACUCCGAGUUCAGAAACCCAGCUAGAGGCAGUAUUCUGUACAGUAGAUACAAGAAUUAUGUACUCCUUUUAUCAAAGACUUAAGAGCCAAAAAGCUUUUCAUCUCUCCAGGGGGAAAUUAUCUAGUUUCCUUCUGUAUCUAAAUUUUCCAAAAGAUUGAUUUGCAUCAUACAGUGGUAUGUACAAUGGAUAAAAAUGGCUGUUGUUUCAGAAAUUAAAAUUCAUGUUUCUUCUUUUUUCUCCCCCUCUGCUCCAUACUUCAAACCUCCCCUAUUUGAUCAGCAUCUAAGUGGGAAGGGAAAGUCCUAAGAGAUCUGUCCUAGUGAUUUUACCUUUGUUCUAGAAGGCACUCCCCUCAAGGCGUGGUAUCCCUAGUCUAGCAGACAUUUCUCUCCCACCCCCAUCCUCACACCGCCCAUCACUGACUAACCUGUUUCUUUGGUGUGGAACCCUGGCAGUUCUGCCCCUAGGACCUGCCCCUGCACAGUAGCUUGCUUAAAGAGGCACUUCCCUUUUUCCAGCGGUCUGCAUUCUAGGGUGUGGGCCGAGUUCUUCUGUAAAGAGAUGAACGUGAUGCCAAUAAAAUGUAACAAGAACAAAGAUAAA